GUACAAAUGCUAAAUUUCAUUAAAUAAGGACAGUCGUGUCAUGUGAUAUGUGACACGAUUAACCUACUAAUUACAAGUCUUUAUUCUAACAUCACAUCAUACAAUUUAUCUGUAUUAUCAUAGUCUAAAGUCUAAACACCGAAGAUAUAUUUUCGAUCGGUGGGUCCCGGCCCGAUCCGACAAUCCACCCUAAAUCAGAGAGACCAAAAGUGGGUUUUCAAGUCGGACAGGAGCAUAGAAAGCCCAGAAAAUAUCCAGGCCUAAACUACAAAAAGCAAAGCGAAUGGAACUCGUUUGAAUAGUUUCCCGCUAUGCGGCAGCACUGGUAGCAUGCGAGCUUCUCCAAAGCUCAUAUCUUUCACUCACCAAAGUCUUAAUCUUUCCCAUCCCACUCCCGAAGCCUUCGCCCUUAUCCGAGCCCAUGUCCAAUCCAAAGUUCCAAUCCACUCCCCGGUCUCCAUCUUCAAUCGAAUGCGCUUACAUGGAGUUGAACCCGAUAACCGCACCUUCCCUUUCCUCCUUCAAUUCUUCAAAUCCAUUCCUUACUUCCAAUCAGGAAAACGAAUCCAUGCCCAAAUUCUUCUCUUCGGGUAUGAUCAGGACCCCUUUGUCCAAACCUCUCUCAUUCACAUGUACUCUGCUUGUGGCAAUUUGAUGCUUGCACGCAAAGUGUUUGAUGAAAUUACCCAACCGGAUUUGCCGUCUUGGAAUUCGAUCAUAGAUGCGUAUGCGAAAGUGGGUUUGGUUGAUGCUGCACGAGAUGUGUUCAAUGAAAUGCCCAAGAGAAAUGUGAUUUCAUGGGGUUGUAUGAUCAAGGCGUAUGUAAUGUGUGGUGGUUAUAAUUAUAAGGAAGCACUUGCCUUGUUUCGUGAGAUGCAGAUGUUGGAUAGUGUGAGGCCUAAUGAGUUCACCAUGUCGAGCAUACUUUUGUCUUGUGGAAGAUUGGGUGCACUUGAGCAUCGGAAAUGGCGGGUUCAUGCUUAUAUUGAUAAAUCUGGGAUGAAAGUUGAUGUCGUGCUAGGGACUGCAUUGAUGAACAGGUAUGCCAAAUAAUGUGGAAGUAUUGAGGGAGCAAGAGGGGUUUUUGAUAAUAUGGGACCUCAUAUCGAGGACGUGAUGACCUGGAGUUCAAUGAUAUCGGGACUCGCCAUGCAUGGACAUGCUAUGGAGUCUCUUGAAUUAUUUGCUGAGAUGAUCAAGUGUGGCGUGAGACCUAAUACUGUGACUUUUGUGGGUGUUCUUUGUGCUUGUGUUCACGGGGGUCUGCUAAAUGAAGGUAAAGAGUAUUUUAGGGGGAUGGAUGAGGAGUUUGGUACUAAGACUUUGAUACAGCACUAUGGUUGCAUUGUCGACCUUUAUGGAAGACCGGCCGGGCUGAUUCCAGACGCAUGGAAAGUGGUGAUAUCCAUGCCAAUGGAGCCUGAUGUGCUUGUGUGGGGAGCUCUACUAAGUGGAGCUAGGAUGCACAGGGACAUAGAAACAAGUGAGAUUGCGCUGAACAAGCUAAUUCAGUUGGAUCCAACUAAUAGUGCUGCAUAUGUACUUUUAUCGAAUGUGUACGCAAAAAUGGGGAAAUGGAGUGAAGUAAGACGUGUGAGAGAUGUUAUGGAGGAAAGCGGGAUCAAGAAAGUUCCCGGCUGUACUUUGGUCGAGGUGGGUAAGACGUGUCUAUUGAAGAUUUGGUGAUAUGCUCAAGAUAUGGUUAACUUGCAAUUUACGUUUGUGCAUGUGGUGAAUCCUCUAUUAUUGCAAAGCAAGCAUGGUGGUGCUGCUGCAGCAUGGCAAAAAUAGUCCUUUCUCAUUCAAUGGAGUCUAAUUAGCUUAGGUAGGAUUCAAGUAGUGUGUGAAAAUCCUCUUAGUCUUUUUUCUUUUUUCUUUGUCUAUAUAUUUACUCAUUCAUGUAAAGGUUCCAACACAAUUCAAUACAACG